UCCGCUUUAAUCUGGUUUCUUACUGUGGCCAUGUAGAUUUGGAAGAUUCGGAGUGAAUGAAAGCAAAUAACAGUCAUUGUUGCUCUUUUAAUUAUUAUUAUUAUAGGUUUAAAUCUUUAAGUUAUCUGUAAAGUAAUUUAAUUACGUGGAAAGAUAUUCUAUUUGGAUUUAAUUAUUGGAUUGAGGGUUGCAGAUUACCAACCCACAGUUUCAUUACACUGGGAAGAGAAGAUACUGGAGUAAACAACCCAGCUAUUUCAUGUAUCGGGAACAUCGAUAAUCAGGUAAGCUUGAUAUUGCACUGUACAGUAUGAGAAGGAAUGUGUUUGUCAUCAAAACUGGAGGCAAUUUAUAAGGCCAAAGCCUUAAGUAAAGAAAACGCUGUUCCGAGAUUUGAUACAACUAAUUACAAUCCUCUGAAAAAUAUUCACUUAAUUAUUUACAUGUGAUUUUUUUCUUGGCAGCUACGGUUAACAAAAAAACUUCCAUAAUCUACUUUGAUGCAUAAGUAUGGAAUGUUACAAAGUAAAACACCAUGUUAAUUUUGAAUACAACAGUGAGCAUUUGAUUAGUUGCAUCAUAAAACCAGUGUUAUUGUGACCUCUUACAAUUAAAAUCUAACCCCGUUAUGAAGACUAGCAUACUAAUGCACAUUGAGAAGUUAAAAAAGCUUCUUAGUGUUUGGUGGUCAUGUUAUUAAAUAUAUAUAUAGUUUUUAAACUUUAUUUUAUUGCAAACUAUUAUUUCAUAAUCCUUGUAGGGAAAUGUGAGGCACAAUUAGUUUGCAAUACGUGUUAAGAUAUAUUAAUAACUGCUAUUUAUUGUAUUGAUGUUAGUAUAUUGUCCGAUAAUGAUUUUAACAAGCUAGAUGUUGGAGUUUUGCGUUUUUGGAAGGGAAACCUAUAUUUUGCACCCUGAAAUAGAAUAUAAUUCAUGAAAUGCUAGAAGGUGCCAUAAUUCUAUGGUCCUAUCAGAAUGGCUUAUAUGCCUGACUGCAAUGCACUAUAUUUGGUUGCACUAUAUAUGCACUAUAUAGGCUAUACUUCUAACAUCAAAAGACCUUAGAUUAAACAACACCAUACUGAACUAUAUAUAUAUAAAUAUAUACUGGUCCUAGAUCACGCAAUUCUGUGUAGUUUUUGUAGACGUUUCGUUUACUAGUUAAACAAUACUACAAUCCAUUGAACGCACUGUAUUUCUAUUGCUCACUGUCUCGUUUUUAUUCGUGUCAAAAGUUAAAUAUGGCGCUACUCUGACGUAAAUCUACAUUGGCGGCAAAUUCAUGCUCUGGCGCGCUUUUUGACAAGAGGUAGCUUGCACUUAACAAGUGGAUAAUUGAUAUGCCAAACUCAUGUGAGCCUAUGUACUAAAGCACUGAAUAUUUGAGAACCCAAAUGUGCUUCUUAUUUCCACAGGUGUUCACUAUGCUCACCAGCUUUGUGGAUGGAAUAUUCUGUUGCUUUACAGGGAAGUCUACUAACGUUGUGGUCCCUAUUGAGUCUUCCGAGCCCACCGAUGGUUUUGAAUUUGUUGAGGUAAAGCCAGGAAGGGUUCUGAGAGUUCGGCAUAUUAUCCCAGACAGACCAGUGGUUGAGGAGCCAGGGACUGGGGAAGGGGGUACGGUCAGCUGCAAGCGCAAAAUCUCAGUGUAUCGAAAUGGACAGCUUCUGAUCGAGAACAUCAAUGAAGCCACCCCUCCAGAGUUGGUCCGCUAUCAGAAUGGAGACAGCACUGUGGAUACAGAUGUUUCCAAUUGUGAGGCUCCCCCAGCAGCCCAGGCUUCUGAACCCACACCGGGGUCGGCGACCGCAGGACAGGCUACGGAUAUCAAACCUGCACCUCAGCAGAAUCUGCAACCAGUGCAGCGUAGACGGCGCAAACCCAAACGCUCCAUUGUGAUUGACUGCGAGCGGAAGAUCACAUGCUGCAAAGGUGCUCACCCUGAUGUGGUCUUGUUUUUCAUUCAUGGAGUCGGGGGGUCAUUGGAUAUCUGGGGAAGCCAACUGGACUACUUCUCCCAACUUGGUUACGAGGUCAUUGCCCCAGACUUGGCUGGACAUGGUGCAAGUUCAGCUCCUCAGAUCCCCGCUGCCUAUACCUUUUACGCUUUGGCUGAGGACGUUAGGAUCAUCUUCAAGCGAUAUGCAAAGAAGCGUAAUAUUUUAGUAGGACACUCUUAUGGUGUUUCGUUUUGUACCUUCUUGGCUCACGAGUAUCCGGAACAAGUUCAUAAAGUUGUGAUGAUUAACGGUGGAGGUCCUACAGCACUCGAGCCCAGUCUCUGCUCUGUUUUCAACUUGCCCACGUGUGUCCUUAAUUUCCUGUCCCCGUGCCUCACCUGGAGCUUUCUCAUGGCUGGAUUUGCCCAUCAGGGAACGAGAGAAAAGAAACUACUAAAAGAGAACAAUGCCUUCAACGUGUCUUCCUUCGUUCUACGGUCCAUGAUGAGUGGACAGUACUGGCCGGAGGGAGACGAGGUUUACCAUGCUGAAAUCACAGUGCCUGUUCUGCUGGUUCACGGCAUGUACGACAAGUUUGUACCAGUACAAGAGGACCAACGUAUGGCAGAGAUCCUAUUGCUGGGGUUCCUGAAGAUCAUAGACGAUGGAAGUCACAUGGUCAUGAUGGAGUGCCCUGAUGUAGUUAAUACUCUCUUACAUGAAUUCUUCCUAUGGCAGCCAGCAACCGCCUCAAAACCCAAGCAGGAAUCAGCCCCCACAAAGACCACCACUACCAAACCUCCAGAGGACACAAGACCAAAAACCGCUCCAAAGUUACCCUCUGAAUUUCAACCAGACUUGACAAGACCAACAACUGCACCCAAAAGCAUUCAUACUGGGACAGAGGCUUACAGAGGACAUCAGAUCUAAGGUUGUGAAAUAGCUGGUCUACCAAUUAACAAAUGAUGGUAUACAUUUAAAGUGUUCAAUUUGCUCUGCUCUUCCAUGUGGACCAAAUGUAAUGGAAAUGUUUGAAUGUAGGAUGUCAUUGUAUAUUUACAAGUUGGUGUAUGACUGCAGGAAACACAUUAAAGGAACAGCUCAGAUGGAUGUUUGUCCCAGAGCAGAAUGGGUUUUACUUCCUUUCGAGUUAUAAGAUUACCCCUUGAUGUUUUUUUUAAUAUACAUACCAAAACGCAAGCCCAUUCAACUAAAUGAUUUGGACUCUCUGGGAUAUGUAAACGGGAUAAAGCAAACGUGCAAUGAUAUUGUCAGCCCAAGUGUGAUAAGCUUGAAAUGAAAUAUUCAAAAUUCUGUAAUUUAAGACUUACUGGAAGCAUUUACUGUAAAUAGAUGAUAUAUUGUAUGUAUUUAUUUCAGGCUGUUACUAGCCUUUAUUUUAUUUGACCGAUAUCGAAUGUCCAUUUCUGAGUUAUUCAGUGGCAGUAAACAAAAGAAUAUAGUUCUGACCAUGUGAAAAGCUUUUUUUUUUAAACAUUAGUUUAGUCUUUUACUGUUUAAAGUAUUCUAGCCCUGUCAUUGAAAUAGUUUAAAAGGUGUUCGAAAAUAAAAAGCUUGAUCUUC